AUCGUGUCUAAAUUUUCAACUGGGGACGAUAGUACCUCUAAUGGCCCUCUAGCUGGCAUGAAACGGCCAGCUCAGGACGACAAUUGCUAUGUUAAUGAAAAGCGUCCUUUUGUAAACGACAAAGUAGCUGCUGCAGCGGAAGCGGCGGCAAGAAUAAAUCAAAAGCUUGGUGGUGUUCCAUCACAAAUUCCCCCCUCUAGUACUGCUCACGUCAUGACAACUGAAAUUAAGAUUCCUGAUAGAUAUGUUGGCCUAAGUACGUUUUUUGUCUAUCAAAUUGGAACUUUUUAG